AAUGAAUAACAUUAGAGUUUGCCGAUUGUGUUUAGUGUUGCCUUACGAGAAUAAUACAAAUCUGAUUUGGAUAUUCGAUAAAAAAAUUAAAAAAUAUUUCAAAUUUGAUAAGAAGACAUUGCAGUAUGUUAUAUUCCUAACGACUGGUGUCAAGAUAAGCCAAGAAGAUAGCAUCUCACAGAAAAUUUGUCACAAAUGCGGGGAGAACGUUGUCAAACUGUACGAGUUCCGACAACAAAGCAUAAAAAAUGACCAAUUUUUAAAGGAACAACAAAGGACACAAAAGAAGAAACCGCAUCGAAGUAUAUUGAACAUAUUCCAGAAAUACCCUCGAAUAUUGAUACCAGAUUUAGAAAUAUGUUUGUCCGAAGAUAUCAGCCCAGUCGUAGAAAUGCGGAUGGACGAAGUAGAGAACCACUUCAAAUCGAAAAACCUGGAUUUCCAGAAGCACGUUAUUCAAGUUUUGCGACAAGAUAAGCAAAAACAACGGGCUAUUAACGCUGCAUUAAAAUCUAAAAACCCUAGCAAUAAUUCUAACGAAACCGUAUCACCAAUAAGCAUUAAAUUUAGGCAAGAUAAGUCAAGUUACGAAAUAGUUCAUAAAAAUGACGACGAGGUAUCCACAGAUUCGAAUAACUCAUUGAAGCAUUUAGGAAAUCAUAGAAAACGACAAUUAUCCGAUUGCGAACAAUCGUGUAGUUCUAAAAGAUCUCCAACCAAAAAUUCAUCUUCUGCGCUAACUAUUCCGAAUAGAAGACAAUCAAUAGGUCCUAUUGAGUUCAAUAGUAGGCCAGAUCCUUCUGAUUUAGAUGCCACUUUAUUGGAAGCCCUAGAGGUAUCGGAAAAACAAAAUGUGCCGCUUACACCCACCAAAAGAUCUCCCGCAAUUAUCUCGAAUAUUCUUAUUAAACCAGCUGAUAAAUCAAUACUUUAUCAUAAUGUUAAUGAUACCAGCAAUAAAAAACUUAAGGAAAUCGUACCGAAUACUGCAAUAAACUCGUCUACAUUUAACGAUUUAAGUUCAACAAGCUGUGAUGACAAUUACUUAAGGAUCAAUAACACAAACAAUCAUCCAAAGCCAGGAGUUAUGGACCAUUUAAAGUUUUUAAAGAAAAGUCUUAUUACAGAAGGGUCAUGCUCGAGUAUAAAUACUGGCAUGUCUCAUUCUGCACCUGUCGAUGCCGUUAAUAAACAAUUUAUUCCAAAUCCAAGUCUCGUUUCCCCAACUUUAAAUAGGCCUUAUCAUCAUAUAAAUGAAAAUUCAAUACCAAGUAUAAUUCCAGUUAACCUUCCUAUUUUACCUAAGGACAAAGUUGUUAAACACCUUAUUCCAAAUCAAAAUUUUCGUCCUCAAACCGUAACUAGACCUCAUCAGCAUACAUAUGUAAAUUUAGUACCAAAUUUAAAUGGUCAUGUUUUACCCAAGAACACAAUUAUUAAAGAGUCUGUUCCAAAUUCAAAUUUCUUUCCAACAAAUGUAACUAGACGCCAACAUCCUACAAAUGAAAAUUUUGUUACAAAUAUUCAUGUUAAUCCUACUGUUUUACCCAAGAGGACAAUUGUUGAACAGUUUAUUCCAAAUUCAAAUUCAUUUCCAUCAAGACCAAUAGUACCAAAUACCAGUACGGUUGAGCCUCGUUUUGUACAGACUAAUACGGUUUCUCGGCAUUUUACUCCAAUUCAAAGUUUUUUUUAUCCAAGUACAGAUUUACAAAUCGCAACGAAAUCUCCAGAAUCUGUUAGUAUAAGUACUGAAACUGUAUCUAAUUUAGAUAAAAACGACAAGCGUCUACCUCUUCAAACAUCCCCUAGUAUUUCAUUGGUGCCAGAUGCAAUACCAGCUACAUUUAAACCAGUUGAAACAACCCCAGUUCCUUACAUUUUUGAGGUUGAUGAAUAUUUAAAUCCGAUAAAAUCCAUAUCAGAAUUUAUGAUAUCAAAAGUUUCGAAUCCUCAAAAAUCGAUAAACGAACGUAACAGAUCUGCAGAAUCUAUUGGAGUAAGUACUGAAAUUGUAUCUAAUUUAGAUAAAAAUGACAAGCGCCCACCUCUUCAAACUGCACCCAGUAUCUCAUUAGUGCCAAAUACAAUACCAGAUAUAUCUAAACCCGUUGGGGCAACCCCAGAUCCUUACAUUUUUGAGGUUGAUAAAUAUUUAAAUCCGACAAAGGCCUUAUCAGAAUUAAAAAUAACAAACAAUUCUAAUACUCAAAAAUCGAAUAUCGAAUCUCAACCAAAGCCAAUAUCUACGAAAGUUUCUGAUUUAAAACAAACAAAUUCCAAAUAUUCUAAUUCAAAAACCGAACAUAAGAGAUCUGCAGUAUCUAUUGGUGUAAGAACUGAAAUUGUAUCUAAUUUAGAUAAAAGUGACAAGCGUCCACCUCUUCAAACUACCCCUAGUAUCUCAUUAGUGCCAAAUGCAAUACCAGCAGCAGCUAAACUCGUUGAAACAACCCCGGAUCCUUACAUUUUUGAGGUCGAUGAAUAUUUAAAUCCGAUAAAAGCCAUAUCAGAAUUAAAAAUAACAAAAGUUUCGAAUCCUCAAAAAUCGACUAUCGAAUCUCAACCAAAGCCAAUAUCUACGAAAGCUUCUGCUUCAAAACAAACAAUUUCGAAAUAUUCUACUUCGAAAAUCGAACUUAACAGAUCUACAGAAUCUGUUGGUAUAAGUACUGAAACUGUAUCUAAUUUAGAUAAAAGUGACAAGCGUCCACCUCUUCAAACUACCCCUAGUAUCUCAUUAGUGCCAAAUGCAAUACCUGCUACAUCUAAACCCGUUGAAACAAUCCCAGAUCCUUACAUUUUUGAGGUUGAUGAAUAUUUAAAUCCGAUAAAAGCCAUAUCAGAAUUUAAAAUAACAAAAGUUUUGAAUCCUCGAAAAUCGAAUAUCGAAUCUCAGCCAAAACCAAUAUUUACGAAAGCUUCGGCUUCAAAACAAACAAUUUCAAAAUAUUCUAGUUCGAAAAACGAACCAGAAUUUACUUGCAAUUUCUGUAGAGAAUCUUUUACGACAUUAGAAAUAGGCCAAGCUCACUUGAAAACCUGCAGAAUAAAGAAGGAAGUUGAAGUACCUGUGUAUGUUUUACUCGAAAACAUAGAGCAUAAUGUAGAUAUUAAAAGACAGUACCACAAGGUGUUCAGCGAUCUUGCAAAAACUCAUUCAAAUAAUAUAAUCGAAAUACUAGAUACAACUGAAGAGCCAUCAGUUAAAAUGGAGAACCUCGUUUUAAAUUUGACCCCUCAAGUGGAAAUUAAAAACAGUAAUUUCCCCAACAUCAAUUACACAUCUAAAACAACCGAUAUUUUAAAACGGUUACUAGUUUAUGAUAAAAAUGAAUCUCCAGUUGAUCAGAAUUCUCAAACCGAACUGUCUUCUGAAAGUCCAGAACUCGGUAACGUUAUAUCAAGCUGGAAAAUGUGUCCGAAGAAAGAUUCUAUCCAUUCUCAAAACAAUUCAUUUUCACUGGACCAUUUAAAGUCUUACAUACAUUUGUAUAAAAUACCUGUAUCCAUUGAUUAUAAGAAAAGUUUUGAUGUAAACUACAAUUUCGAAGAGCCUCCAAAAAGAAAAAAGACAUUCGAUGAUUGGGACGAUCUAACUCCUAUUGAUGUUGUUAAAUCUCCAACUAUAGUAAGAAAACAGGUUUCUACACCAAUCGAAAAAGACAUUCCAAAUAUAACUGAUUUGGCACCACCUGCAAGUGUACCAAAUCCUGGAGAAGCAUUAGACUUCCCUGUUGAAAACAUUUGUCAGAAUGUAUUAAAUGUUUCUAGGCCAAGCACGAGCCAAAACAUUGAUUCAAAUUCUAUUCAAAUUAAUCAACUGCGUGACUCCGUUAUUACAAAAACGUCUUUAAAUGUAGAAGCUACCGAAACUUUACCAGAUCUUGGAGAUAUAGAAUUAUUCGCGAAUGAUCUCGUAUGUGCAGAAAGGGUAACCCCAUCGAGCGACAGUGGUAUAUUUGAAAGUACAAGCAGUAACCAGUCGUAUCCAAAUGAGUUAAUAAAUAACCCUCAAACGAAUUACGUGGUUCAGCCCCAACAAAAUCCAGUGUACCAACAAAUGGAUACACAUGUACAACCCAAUGCAAUUAGUACUGGUAAUUAUCAGACGACUGUCUAUCCCACUACUGCAGGAGAGAGAAUCAAUGGACUUGAAACUAGUUACUUCGAAAAUUACAUGAAUUAUCAACAGCCUCAAAUAUUUAGAAGCAAUAAGACUUGGUAUCCGACUCAAAAUCGACAAAACCCUGUGAUGUAUAAAGAUGUAAGAGCACCUCCUCCUCCAUAUAAUAUACACCAUCAAAGAAUACCUCCCGAACCCGAAAAACGAAACGCUCAAAAUGCUCUUCCUCAUCCCUAUAAUCAUAUUAAUAGUUAUAACCCUAGCCUUGUAAAUAAUUAUUACGCUUACAACCAAAAUAGCAAUCAAAAUGUAAAUAUACCAAGUAGGUCGAAUUAUUAUAAUCGGAAUUUUGUACCUGAUGUUAGCAACGUUCCAACGUACAACAUGACUGAUAAUUAUAAAGACGGUAUGCAAAUUGAUAGUGCCAUAACGCCAACUAGUGAUACUGCUACUAACGCGUCCACUAUCAGAGUGAGACCUUUAAGUGAUCUGAAAUAAAACCGAUUAUUUAAAAUAUUGUAAUUUUGCCGACGUGAAAAAUGUUCGCGUGUUCACAAAAUGUUUGUUUUAAAUCCAGGGUGGCUAUGAAAAUUUCUACAAUAUAAAUAUUAUUUCGAAAAGUGUUCGGAUCGUUCGAAUUAAAAAUAAUUGGUCAUCCGAUUAUUAGGCAUUCCAACGACCUGUCAAAAUGCUGCUUAUGAUAAGGCAACCCUGUGGACCUGUUGUCGAUGACAGGGUCAAUGAUACAUAUGCAGUUAUAUAGACUGCUCAAUGCGAGUUACAUUGCGAGCGCCCCUAUUGCCUUGCAAGUGCUCAUCAACCAAAAUCAGUUUAGCAAAAAUGUUUUUUAAAACUAAUUUUGAGCCUUUGAUAUAUAGGUUAAAAAUUACCUACAUUUUUACUUUAAGGCAUAAGCUUAUGUUUAUUUUGAAAAACAUGAAUGAUUAUAUAACUAUCUAUAUCAUUGACCCUGUCAAAUCACAGGAGGCGGUAUUCGUAGUAACACAUUCCAUGAUUAUUCAUGUGCAGAUGAUAAUACGAGAAUAUAAUGUGUUAUGUGAGACUUUUCAUUUCAAUUUGAGCUGUGUCCAGGCCGUUGGAGUCUAUGCCGUUCGGUGUAGCUUCGUCUUCUUGUUGUAUAUUCACGAGCCAGCAUGCGCAUGGAAUGUUUUACUACGAAUACCCAUUUUUAUCAAAUCACCAGGCCCACAGUGUUGUCAUUUAUCACAUACUUUGAUUUUAUGUGUAACCUGUUAUUAUCCACGGGCACCUAUUUUGUUUGGAAUGUCUAAUUUGAAUCAUUCUAAUGUUUCGAUUAUCACUGAAAGUAUUCGAAUGAAGAAUAAUCGAUAAUAAUUCGAAUCAUCUAUGUAUUAGCGUUUCUAAUUAAUUUUACCGCUCCUUGUAAGUACGGGCCGAUUCCACCGUUCUGUUAAACAAAAUUUAAAUUACUAAACGAAGAUUAAAAUGACAUUGUUUAUGUAAAAAUGACAUUUUAAUCUUCGUUUAGUAAUUUAAACGGUGGAAUGAGCUCUAAAUCGUCCAACAGUGUUGUCAUAUCAAUUAAUUAAUUUGUAAUAGAAUUUUGAACCAAUAGGUAAAGUUUAACUUGAAGACAUUAUUCCUAGUGUCAACUUAAGAUUUCCGUAUGAUUACCGCUGUUACCGUGGUUAGCUUUGUCCCUGAAAUUAUGACAUUCGACAUUAAUUAUAUUUUUUGAAUGCCACUUAAAUAAAGUGGUCAUUGUUACAAUUUUAAUAACGUAAAAUAUACCUACCCCCAGAGUAUUGUUUAGCUUGAAUCUCCAAUACAAGGAUACUUGACUCUAUAGGAUUGUUCAAUGCAUCGUGUAUCAUCGAAAGUAUUCGGGAAAAUGACGUAGUUGUCGGACCAUUGAAUGUGCGAAUUUAAAAAUUAACACGAUUAUAAACUACUCUGGCUUAUAUUUCGUGUAAAAUGGGAAUAGCAGUAAUGAAUGUCAUGUAAUAAACGCUUUUUUUAAUGUAAACCGUGGAAUUCCCGUACCAACAAUACAUAGGUAUAUCUGCUUUCAACGACCACGUUACAAGAAAUAAUUGUGGGCGAUGAUGGCACAAUAUUUUUCAGAGCACAUUUAAAAACAAUCAAUCAUAUCUUUAUUAAAUUACCAAUGAAAUACCUACAUAAUAUAUACGAAAAAUACAAGUAUCACAAAUUGAAAAAAAUAAUUUUUUAUUGAUCCUUUAUGUACAGGACAAGUCAAAGUAUUUUAAUACAAAAAUAAAUAUACAAACAAAACUUAAACUAAUUGACAAUUUAUAUGUACUAUCUUCUUAAUAUCAUCGGAGUAUUAAUUACUCCAUUGUUAUUGCACCGAUCAUUAACGCAUUACUAUUUUAGUGUAGUGUAGAGGUAAACCACUGGGAAAUUGUUGUACCCUAAUACACUUUGUGCCCCAAAUAGUACACGCAGUACAUAAAAAGUACACAAAUUAAAAUUAGGUUGAUGACCGAAAAGCAAAAAAGAUCGUUUACACGUAUUCCUCGACAAACAUUUUUUUCUCCUGGCCAGUAUUGCUGCAUUCUUGACAUUUAGUACAUAAAUAGUACACAUAAUACAGAUUGUUCAUUAUUGAUUCUCCGUCCAACUGCAUAAAUUCUAGUACACUAAGAUUCCAUUUGUAAAAUUUAUUAGCCCAUCGUCUUAGAGAAGACAAACCAGGAAGUGGAAAAUGUAAUUGCUUUUUUACAUACAGAUGUGCCUUUUUUGCUCUAAAACCGCAAGGUAAAAGCAGAUGCGUCUUCUUCAAAUGUCAAUACGUUUCUUUUUCUUUUUUUUUUUUAUUAUGAAUAAGUCCAUUUGGUUUUUGGUAAAAACAUUUUUCUUUGCCUUUAGUUCUUUAUUUUGUUUCAAUAGUUUGUGAUAUUUGCUUUAGUUAAAAUGUAAUUGCUUUACUUGUGUUAACAUAAUGGCCUUUUCUUUUUUUAUAAUUUUAAAAUCAUCUUUAAUCUUAUUAUAUUUUUGCUCCCGGUUAACACUUUUAACGACAGUGUUUUCGCUUUCAAUGUGCUGCUUUCAUUAACCUCUAAAUGUGCGGAAAUUAGUAUAUUCUUUUAAACAAUCAUCCACCUUAUUUUUAUCUUCACUUUCAUUAUUCCCAAAAAUUAAAGUAGGGACUGCAGUUUUCUUUAAUCGCCUCCUCACUGGCAAUUGCCCAAUAAUUCAUUAUAAAGAUCUCUUUCAUAAUCAUUGCCGAUAAAAUGGACAAAACAAAUCUGGAUUGUUGUGGGGUUCACUCUUGUUUUAUUUCGUGUGAAACAAAAUGUUUUCCCAAUGGGAAAUCAUGAUAAAUUAUAUCUGGGUUAUCUAAUUUUGUUUUCACACGGCUGUUACAAUUACUGACCACCGUCUGUCUGGCACAUUCAAACCCUAAAAAAAUAACACUAUAAUUAGUUAAAAACAAUCAUUUUUGCCACUGUAGAACUUACCUAUAAUAAAACUAAGUUAAUUUAUUAAAAUACUUCAUAUAAAAACACUUUAAAAAGUCCAGUCAAUUAAAAAGUUACAAAAACAAUCCAAAAAAUACUAAAAACCAUGUACAAACGUAUAAACAACACAACAAUUUAUAAAUAUCUGGUCCGGCAAUGACGUAGCACAAUGAAACGACAUACAUGGGAGUGGCCAAUCCUAAUAGAAAAGUUAAGUAUCCUUGCUCCAAUACACCAUAAAAGUGACGUAAUUUUGGUUCCAUUGUCAGUGAAUCCUAACCAGUUUUAACAAUAUUUUACUUUUUACUGUUUCUAUUUUUUUUUAUUAAAUAAUUGCAGGUCAUAAAAUAGCUAUUUAUGCAACCAGAUAGGAAAUGCCUUAUUUUAUGUAACUAGUGAAUAUUUUUGGGACGAGCAGAGCGAGGUCCCGUAACCUAAACGAGUUUGUUGUGUUUUGGUAAAAAAUUACUGAUAUCUAGGCAACCAAUAUUACUUUCUUGUAUUGUUAGUUGCAUGUGCCUAACUUCAUUGACAAAUAGAAAACAAAUUAAUUUAUUCUUAACGACUUGUAGUGUGCUUGUUAAAGUUAUUUAGUUUUUAAGAAAGUGGGUUAUACUUGUUUUGUGCUGAUUUAGAAUGGAAAAUAAAGACCAAAUCAACAUUAUUACUUUACCAAAUUUAAUUUUUUUAUCUCAGCUUGUCCUUCUUUGAUAUAUAACGAUUUUAAAACAAAAAAAGAUUUAUUUUUAUUUGUGUUCUUUUCACAACUGGUGACAAUGAAUUUUUCGUAACUAGUUUCAUAAUGUUUAACAUUAUACAACUAGUUGGCACUUGCUGCAAUUACAAAAAUAUCACUUUAUAUGUCAAAAUUAUAAAAAGUAGUUUAAAGGUAUGUAAUUGGUUACUAAAUGAUUAUAUACUGUACGUAAAAUAACUACAUGAACAAAACGCACUCAAAAAAAUAUUGUCAAUAUAAUUGUCACUGGAACCAAAAUAUGUCAUCACUACUUUAGCGUAUAAGCAUCGAGAUAGAAUAAAGUAGAGAAGACAUAAACACUAUUUUGCGAUAUGACAGAUGUACGCCUGUCAUUCCAAUGCGCUGGUUCAGUGAUGUAAUUAUGGUUCCACUGACAAUUAAAGUGAAAGUAAUUUUUUGAGUGCGUUUUGUUCGUUUUGUUUACCUAAAUUAUAUCGUUUUUUCACUUUUAUAAAUAUAUUCCUAAAGUAAGUAGAUAACAUGCAUCAAAUAUACAAUCGUUAAGUUACCAAUUUACAUACAUUUCAACUAUUUUUAUGACCUGUAAACAAUAUUGUAAACAAUAUUUAGAAAUAAACUAAAAACUGUAAUAACGUAUAUGUCAAAUUUAUUGAUGUUUUCCUUAAAAGUUUGGUUAGACUUAAAUGUCAGUGGAACCAAAAUGACAUCACACUGAACUAGCGCAUGACGGAAAAGUAUAAUGAAAAUGGCGACUUGAGUCGUACUUUCAUUUAUUUAUAAACAAUAAUUUUAUAUUUGAAGACUAAAGGAAUGCAAAUUAUUUUAUAACAUUUAAAUGAAGCUAUUAAAAAAAUGGCAUUUAUUAUCACCAAAACUGACUAGCUCCAUUAUCUCGAGUUUGACACAUGACGUAAAAAUGUAAUGCAAAGGUGAGGAUACUUUAGCCAUAGCAUCUCCUCUUAAUUCUAUCUCAAUCAGUGGCGCAUUCAGAGUCUGGGGGGGGGGAUGGUAAUCAGGGCCGCCGAGAGCCAUGGGACAUUUUUAUAAAAUUAUGUCCUUUCUUUGUGAAAAAAAGAGGGGGGUAGUGGUCAUAUUUAACCCUUUAUUUUUGAUAAUAGUAUGCGUAUAACGGACGGAUAUCGUUGAUGAAAUCGAUGAUGAUGAUGUACUUUCGUUAUUAUUGAGUAUAGUGUAGAUACAUAGUGGUUUUAAGAACUACAUACACUAAAUAAUAACAUUUAUUACGAAACAAAAAUAAAUUAAUCUUACAAAAAAGUAAAAUAGGAAUAUAUUUAUAAUUUGAAAUAAAUAUAAAUGCAUUUAAAAAUUAAGCAUAUCAAAGUUUUUUUAUCAAUCUAUUUUGGUGCAUAUUAUCAACUCUCCAGUUUUAGAGAAAAAUCCUUUGAGCACAUCUCUUCUUAUAAUUGCGAGAAACCUUUACCAUUUGAGUGACCAUCCCAUUCGAAUACAUUUUCGAUUUUGCCCAUCACUAGUGCUAAGACAUGUCAUUUUUAUCAUUUGAGCGUCACCAAGUUGUCUUAAAUAAAACAAAUUCGACGAUGAACUGUCAACCGCUUCAGUGCUUUCGAAUCAUGAUGGAUAAGAUUGAAAGCUGACCUUGAAAACAUUUGUCAAUUCUAUUUCUUAGCAUUAUAUCUUCUUAAUUGGGUUAACAUUUUAAAUGAUAUAAUAUGAGAUUCACAAAUUGUAAAACACGUAAAAAACGUAAAGCGACGUGGCAACGAUAUUUAUUUCUUUUUUGUGUGCUUUAUGUCACUUUUAUUAAAGCCAUAGCCACUCUAGGUUUAAAAAGAAACUGACCGGCAUAUAUACAAUAUUUUUUAGAAAUACAUAUUAUUUUUAAGAACAAAAUGUCGGUUCUACAUAAUGUAAGAUAUGCAUGUGCGUACCUUUUUCUCUGAUUUUUGUUAAUCUAGAUUAAAUCAGAUUCAAUCAUAUUGAUGUUUAUGAAUGUUAUACAUUUUUUUUUAUGUUAAAAGACUUUUAUUUUGUUACCU